AUAUCCAUUACACCCUCAUUUAUGUACGUAAUGUUUAUCACUCGGUCGACGCGACAAGCGGGAUCGGAGAAGAGUCGUCGGUGACGUUAUUCACAGAAUGCAAAUAAUUGUUCUUAUCGCUUGUCACAAUCCGAUAUCCCCUCCAACAUACGACAUCACAUUGUUGGAAUACGAUUUUUAAUAAUAUUUAUAAAAGUAUAUAACAUUAUAUUUUUUUCAUUACGAAUAUAUCAAUAUCUACGACGAUAAGGUUAUAGGGCAAAAAUUAUUUCUAACUUUGUCCUUUAAGUUUGAACGAUGAUACGUAAGGUAUUCACGAUUUCCUUGCGAAAGUGCGCAGCGAGUGACAGAUUCUUAACAAGUGCAAUUGCAUGCAAUUUGAAAAAAUGCGACCGUGGGUUUUGUCAAACGAUCAUCGAAGAAAAUCGUUCACCGUUGAACGGAAUACGAGUUCUGGAUCUGACAAGGAUCGUGGCCGGUCCCUAUUGUACGAUGAUCCUCGGAGAUCUCGGUGCGGAGAUCUUGAAGAUCGAACGACCCGGCGAUGGAGACGAGGCGCGCAAGUGGGGUCCGCCGUUCUUCGAGGGAACGCAAGAAUCAACCUACUUUAUGAGCGUGAAUAGAAAUAAGAAAAGCGUUUGUAUCGACCUGAAGAGAGGUAAAGAUAUUAUUUACGACCUGGCGCAGACAUGCGAUGUCUUAGUGGAAAAUUAUGUACCAGGGAAAUUGAACAGUAUAGGCUUAGGAUACGAAGACAUAGCCAAGAUAGCACCACGUCUUAUAUACUGUUCGUUAACUGGCUACGGAUUCCAAGGACCUUAUGCAAAUAGACCUGGUUAUGACGUUAUUGCAGCUUCCUUAGGCGGACUUUUGCACAUUACCGGCCCCAAAGAUGGACCACCGUGCAAGGUUGGCGUAGCAAUGACAGAUUUAGCAAUGGGUUUAUACGCUCAUGGAGCAAUUAUGGCAGCUUUACUACAAAGAUCAAAAAUCAACAAAGGCCAGUGGAUACAAUGUAAUCUUUUGUCAACUCAAGUUGCAAGUUUGAUUAAUAUUGCUUCAAAUUACUUAAAUGGAAAUAAGGAAGCUACAAGAUGGGGAUCUGAACACGAGAGCAUAGUUCCUUACGAAGCUUUCCCGACAAAGGAUGGAUAUAUGACAGUGGGAGCGGGUAGCGAUUUGCAAUUUCUAGAGUUAAUUAAAAGACUACAACUAUCAGAACUUAUUAAUAAUAACAAAUUUAAGAAUAAUACUGCUAGAGUUAAGAAUAGAAUGGAAUUGCUUCAAAUUCUUAGAAAUGUAUUUAAAAGGAAAACGAAUCAAGAAUGGUCUGCGAUAUUUGAAGGUGCUUCAUUUCCUUAUGGAGCAGUAAACACCAUAAAAGAAGUAUUUGAUGAUCCCCAUGUAAAAUAUAUAAAGUUGGUUCAAGAGUUAGAUCAUCCAGUUACAGGCAAAGUGAAACUCGUUGGACCACCUGUGACAUAUAGCUAUGCUACCAAUACAGUGAGAUUAUCCCCACCAAUAUUGGGACAACAUACAUCAGAAGUUUUAAAAAACAUAUUAAAAUAUUCAGAUGAUAAAAUAAAAAAUUUAAUAGCACAGAAAAUUGUGCAAUAAUUAAUAAAUAUUUAAUUCUCUCUAUAAGUUUGAUAUGUAACACUCAAAUAUCAAUUUUAUAAUAAUGUU